CCCCCUCACUUUUAACCUCGGUUAGGGUAGUAUUUUCCUGGGGACGACACCAGACAACACCCCAUAGCCACGGGCCCCCUCGCUGUCGGUAACGAUCACCCCUUCCAAUCGGCUGUCACGCCGACAAUAGCUCCGCCAAUGUAGCCUUGGCAUGAAGAAGCAACUGCCUGUUCUGGGAGGUCGCAACUGGGUGGUGGAUGAGGUUGGCCGACGCGAGAUGACGAUGGGGCUCUUCACCGUGUCGUGGAUCUAUAAGAGUGCGUGGUCACCGAGGCAUACUCCCAGCUACGCAUGACUUUCGAGGCUGCACCACGGAGGUCACCAGCGAAAGGUUCCUAGUCUCGGCAGCUAAGCCCGCAAGGAGACAUGAUGAGCUACCACCGCUUUCUCACUCUGGGUGCGGCGUUGCUUGCCCACUCGGCCAUCGCCGCGGGCCUACCCCAGGCAACAGCGGCCGGUAUCGACGCCGCCAGCCUGCUGAUACUGACCAAGGCCGCCGAUGCCCAAGUUCAGGCUGUCAUCGAUGGGAAGGCAGCCUCCCUCCUCGGCUCUCCCCGCGGACUCACGCGACAAGUCCGGCGACUUGUGACGCCGUUUGUUUGGGAUCAGUCUAGCUAUUACCACAACGAGACUCUGCUGUCUUACGCAGAAGACAUGCUCGCAACCCUGAUGGAGCGCCAGCAUGCAGACGGCACAUUCACCGUGGGGAACCGGCACUCUCCACCCGACACAGGCUUUUUGAUCGAGGAUUUCGGGGUUAUGAUCACCAUGCUGGAAGCAGAUGACCACGCCAGCAGCAAGAAGGUUGCCGAAACCAUCCGCGCCCUGAUGGCCAAGGCGGGCCCGGGUCUCGCCCACGGCGGCAUGCACACUCCGAACCAUCGCUGGAAGCUCUGCUCUGCCCUGGCGCGAAUCACCCACGCUACGGGUAACAGCAGCUACGUAUCCCGGAUCGAUGACUGGCUCGCCGAGGGCAUCGACAUUGACGCGGACGGCAUUUAUUCGGAGCGCAGCACCAUCUACUACUCCAACGUGGCAAACCCCUCUCUGCUCACAGUCGCGCACAUCCUCAACCGGACGGAGCUUGUCCCGCACAUUCGCAAGAACCUUGAGCUUGUUAUCGAGCACGCUGAGCCCACAAAUGGCGAGGUUGAAACCACCCAUUCUCGGCGGCAGGACCAGAACCAGCGCCAGGUCCUCAAGGACUACUAUGUCCAGUUCCGUGAGCUCGCGCUGCUCGAUAAGAACGGGCGCUUUGCCGCCAUGGCCCGUUUGAUCGAGCGACUGUUCGCCGCCGAUCUCGGCGAUUUCCUUGGUGAUCUUCUGGAGAGACCCGAGCUCGCGGCUGCUCUCCCGGCGGAGAAGAAGGCUUUCGUCGACUUCGACAAGCACUACAAGGCAUCUGGACUCUUCCGCGCGCGCCGCGGCAAGGUGGUCGCGGCAGCCUUUGGCGGCUCCGAUUGGUAUGCCGACGGCAAGGAGACGCCCUUCUUCAACCGGUUCGGCUCCGGCCUGUCGACAAACCCGACGCUAUUCCGGGCCUGGAACGGACGAGCAGUGCUCGAGGCCGUCCGCCUGGCCCCCGAGUUCUUCUCCAUGGGCCACUUUCGGUCCAACGGGCUGGCGUACGACAACAGUGUGGUGCGGCUCAGCAACGACCUCAAGAUCCCCUACUACCACCCGAUCCCCGCCGAACACCGCCGCGCGGACGGCGUCUAUGCCAUGUCGCGGUCCGUCGACGGCCGCUUCUACGCCGCGCUGGACUUUGAGAACCGACCCGCGCACACGCGCGACCUCAAGACGGACGUGCGCAUCUCGCCCACCGCGACCGGCUACGAUCUCAACUUUGUGGUGGCCGGCGAGGAGAACGUCGAUAUGACGCUCGAGCUGACGUUUCGUCAGGGCGGCGAGCUGUCGGGCAUCCAAGCACUCGACGACGGCUCAUUCCGUCUUGUCGAGGGUCAGGGCACGUACAAGGUUGGCGAGGACACCAUCACGUUUGGGAACGGCAACGGCGCCGGCCCUAUCAACACGGGCGCCGCGGGCGAGCAGUACAGCUGGCACAACGGGAACCUCGUGGUCCAGGGCCAGCACGUCUACAUCACGGGCAGGUCGCCUCUCAACUACACGCUCAACAUUGGGUUUUCGUGAUUGGAGGAUGGAUAAGCUAGCUAUGUGCCAACCCUACUACAGUCUUUCGUGAUCUAACAGCCACUUGAAAACACGUUUUUGUGGGCAGCUGACCACCCAUUCCGAGAAUCCACCCGUUCGUGUGCGGCAGGAAACAUACCCGCCUCUGCUGAAGUUCUCCUGCUGGGCCGUUUUGCCCAUCGGCACACACCACCGAGGAGGCGAUGCGUCAAAAGAGACCCCACCUGGCACGCGUUGGGCAGCACGGUUCCAUUCAGGAAACAAGAUGGCCGCUCACAUUCCGCUUGGUACAUCGUGAAUCACCUUACUGUCUCGUUGGAACCAACUCCCCGACCUCACUCUGCCUGCCCAUCCAUGGAACCGCCCGAACUGAUCGGCCCCGCCUCAUAGUCCGCUGAACCCGCAAAGGCCUGUGCCCUUUUUUAUGACCCUGUAUUUACAAAUGGAUCAAGUACCCCGCCGCGCAGGAAACUUCGUUGGCAUCGCCUUUUGCCUGUCGGGUGUGAAUCGUGCCCGGUCCUUGUCAACUGAGUGCAUUACCCCUGCCACUUUUUUAGCGACCGCGGUUGGGCUAGCGCUAAAUCU